GUGAAAAACGUAUACCUACGUAGGUGUAUUGGUAUAUAAAUCGUUUCGUUCUUUUUUUUAUACAAACCUGUAUAAAACAUCUACAAUAUUUCUUUACAUAUAUAAGGUUUACAUUGGUCGUAUUGUGAAGAAAAAAAAACAAUCGAUCGUAAAUACAAUUCGUUAUAAAGAGUUUAACGACGAAUUUCCCACAGACGAGUUGUGGCAUAAUCAAAGAAAAAAAAAUAAUUCAUACAUAUUUAUAUGUGUUUGCGAAGAAAUUUAUCAAAUCGUUUUUAUGAUUUUUAUGGUAAUUAAAUUGAUAUAAGCAUUCGUUUGUCCUGAGAAAAAAAAUUGUUGUUUCACGUUUUUUAAAUGUUUAUCGUUGUUAAAUAUCGCAAAAAUAAGUUAAAUUGAGAAAAAUUUUUUUUUUUGGUGUCAAGUAAAAUAAGGUAGGUCAAAAUAUCACUAAAAAAGCAGUAGACUCCGAUACUUUGUCCUUGAUUCAUUUCGCAAAAGCUGUUAAUGUCAUUCCAGUAUUUAUUUGAUUUCUUUUAUCAAAGGAAACUAUUACAAAAUAUAAAAUGCAGUGAGUUGCGCAGUUAACAAGGAUUGUUUUUUUUUCACCUGCAUAAAUAUGUUUUUUGUAUGAGGAAUCUGAGUAAGUAUUUGUUAGACAGUUAUUUUAAUAAUAUUGAUUAGCGCUUAAAUUAAGAAAAUAAAUAAAAUGAGUGAUAAAAUGUUGACAACCUAUGAGGUGUGUGAGAUAAUUAUAAUUCGCCACGGAGAAACGGAUUGGAACAGUAGGAAGAUCAUUCAGGUAGUAUAAUUUUGUUAAAUGUUCUGACUCUUUAAUAAAAUAAAUUUUUAUUUAUAAAGGGGAAGGAAGAUAUACCAAUGAAUGAAAAGGGAUUCGAGCAAAUCCGAACUACCGGAAACAACCUAGUGUAGGUAAUUUUUUUCUAUUGCGCUAGUCAUUUGAGCUAGAGCUUCCGACACUCGUUUUUAAAGAUAUUUGAUCCAAUCGACUCCCGAUGUCUUUUCUGAUGAAAAACUACAAAAUCGUAGUGCUUUGGGACAUAAAAAUUCCUUAAAUGUAGCUGCAAUUUACACAAGUCCCUUGUGUCGUGCAACACAAUCUGCAGAAAUAAUAGCUGAAUGUAUAAAAUUUCCAAAAAAUGAAGUCAAAGUAGAAGAAGGAAUUGCGGAGUGGAAUGCUGGAGUUUUACAAGGGAUCCCAAUAUCUGACAUACCACACAGGUACCCUCUUAUCUGGCAAAAAUGGAAAACUACUAGAGAUCCGCAUUUUUUAAUUCCUAAUGGCGAGAGUUUUUUACAAAGGUGCAGUAUUUUCAAGUCGACAUCAAAUUGAGCAUCUAAAUUUUUGAGUAUAUACAGAUACAAUCGUGUUGUCAAUGUCGUUCAAAACCUUGCAGCGCGUCAUCCUUCUGAACGCGUACUCGUGGUGUGCCAUGCGGGUGUUCUGGAUGAUGUGUAUCGUCGUGCUACUUUGUAUUCUCAUUCUACCCAAACAGCACUGCCUAAAAUAAAUGCGGGUGUUCAUAUACUCCAUGUACCCUCAAAAGCGUAUAAGAAUAAUGAUACUGAGUGUGAGAAAUGGAAAAUUCUAAGAUGGGGAAAUUGCGUUCACCCGUUACCUUUUCCAGUUAUUGAUGAUUCUAAUACAUCAAAUGAAGAACUAGCAAACGAAGUCAAUGCCGCUGAAACUUUAUCUAUCAAUUACGUGUAAAUGUUUCCACGUGUCUAACAAUCAGCUUAAAAUAGCUUGGUAUAUACUUAAAAGCAAAUACCAUAGAUUUACAAAACAUUCCUUACCUUUUUUAAUAUUACAAUUUAAACGUAAGCACGCAAAAAAAACAUAGUUACUACUAGUUUAAACCUGCUACUACCGUUUUAAACAAAAAACUAAUAUGCAUAUACGUUAUUAAGAAAGAAAUUGAACAAGAAUGGUCUAUUUUUUUUUAAACACACCACUAAUCUAAACAAAAUUUUUAAAAAAUACUUUUAAAAAAGAUGCAAAGAUACCGCUUGUUCACACUACUAUUUAUGAGAUCUACAAAAGGUAGUAAAAUUGUCAAAAUACAUAUGAUAGAAACGAAUCACUAAAUUUUUGUUUGCACACAACAAUUGAAGCAAAAAAAAAACUAAAAAAAAAGAACCAAAGUAUAUUGAAAAAAUGGAUAGCCGUUUUAUAUUGUUUUUUGUGUUCUUUAAAAUCUUUCUUUUUAAUUUGAUUUGUAGGUAUACAAGCCGUAUGAGGUCCAUUGUACGAUUAUCAGAUCAACUAGCUUAAUAAAAAACAACAAGAACACAUGGUAGCUUCCAAUGUUAUUCCAGAUGGAACAACACGUCUUAUUAUCCGGAAUUUACCGUCAUAUGUCACAGAAGACGAUUUAAAAAAGUGGAUUUUAAGCUUUGUUGAUGUCAAAAUAACUGACGUUCGUCUGCCCAGGAACUCACGGGGCAGGCUACGACGUAUUGGUUUUGUUGGAGUCCGAACAGCUGAGGAAGCAUCGCAUGUUAUCAAGUCUUUAGAUCGUGGAUUUUAUGAUACGUCUAAAAUAAUUUGUUCUCCGGCGUUUCCUCCUGGAUCCAAAGAGAUCCCUCGUCCAUGGAGUCGUUAUGCUCCGGGAAGCUCUGCUUACGAGAAAUAUCAAAAAGAGAAAGAAAAAAAAAAAAAAGAAAAAAAAGAGUUACGAGAGAAUUGUCUUGUUGAGUGUGUAGUAGAAAAUACUGAUAAAGAUGACUCUUGCUUAAAACGAGAUUACUUCAACCUUGUAAAUAAACGUAAAGGAAAACAAACAUGGAACGAUUCCUUAGUAUAUUCUGAAGAAGAACCUUUUCCUAAAAAGUCUAAAAUCCUACGACAUUCCGAAACAGUCACUCCUACUAAGGCUGGAAUGCUAGGUAUUCGUGAACAUAUCCAAUUCGAUAGCGAUUCAGAUUCGUUAAAAAAUAAAGAGGAAGGUUCUCUAACAGGGAAUCAGACCAAAAACCUAAAUUUAAACGUUUCUAUCCCUUCCAGUAAACAAGACUUCACUGACGAAAAUCCACUUGAUUGGCUUAGAAUGCGUAGUAACGUACAAUCACAGGAACCGACCAGUCACCAUGAAAACGAAAUGGUUUCUUUGAAAACACCAACAGAAAACAUUGUUCAAAGUGGCGAAUUAGAUUACGCUGCCACUUCUUUACCAAAAAUAAUAGAUUCCACUGAACUACAAGAAAAAUCAAACAAUAUUAAAAACAAUUGUAAAAAUGGAAGUAUAAAAAAUUUGAAUACAAAUAGUGAAUCGGAGUUCGCUGAAGACGAACUAAUAUCUGACACAGGUCGACUUUUAAUUUUGAAUCUACCAUAUGAUACUACAGAAGACGCUAUAAAAAAUUAUUUUAAAAAGUUUGGUGACAUCUCUUAUGUACAUAUAUGUCAAAACGACGCAAAAACAAGUAGUGUCGGACGCGCUUUUAUACAAUUUGCAUUUCCUGAGGAUGCUAUCAAAGCUGCAGCAGAAGCUCAUUUAAGUUUAUUUGAAGGAAGAAUCAUACGAGUUAAAGGAGCUCGUCCACCCUUGGGAAAAAAUGAAUCACACGAAAAAGUUGUGGGUUAUUUGAAGAAAAGAAAUAGUUCAUACAAGAAACAAUUAGAAGAAAAACUUAAAAAAAAUGCAGAAAAUCCAACCAUAUGGAAUUUAUUGUAUGUUUCAGCGAAUUCAGCAAUGGAAAGCGCCGCACAAGAUUUGUCUAUGAGUAAGAAGGACGUCAUGGGAUUGGAUAGUGGAGUAAAUGAUAGUGUUGCGGCAAGAGUGGCUCUGGGAGAAACUCAUGUUAUACAUAAAACAAAAGAAUGGUUGCAAGAACAAGGCAUUCGUGCAUCAGCUUUUGAAAGACAAGGAAUUUCCUUGUUAACAAGCCAACCGAUAUAUACAGACAAUUCUGAAAAACGUUCCGAUGACACUAUCAUUGUAAAACACCUUCCACCUAAUGUCACGGAAGCAGAACUUUUCGAGUGUUAUACGAAAUUCGGGACCUUAGUUCGCUGUACACUGGCACCUUCUAAAACAGUUGCUGUGAUUCAAUUUCUAAAUUCAUAUCAAGCUAAGAAAGCAUUUUCUUCUUUAGCGUUUUCUUGUAUUAAAAAUGUACCUAUGUUUUUGGAAUGGGCCCCUGUUUCUAUAUUUGAAAAAAAAAAAAUUGCGGAAAACAAUAACGAUUUAGAAACGACAAACAAGACUGCUUCAAUGCCUCGAGAUGUACCAGCAGAGCCGAUUACUACAAAGGAUUUAAAACAUAUGUUAGAGCAAGAGGACAAUGCUUCCCAAACUUCUUCUGUUUUCGUUAAGAACAUUAAUUUUUCUACGUCUCAAGAAGCUUUGUCACAACUUUUUGAAUCUGUUCCUGAUUUCACUUCGGCGACAAUCAUGAUAAAAAAGUGUCCUAUUACUAAAAACGAAAUUCAUGGUAUAUCAAAUAGUACAAAUAUUAAAAAAGUAUCAAUGGGCUAUGGAUUUUUGGAAUUCAAGAGUUCAAAGGCAGCUAAGGAAGUGAUAAAACGAUUUCAAGGAGUUAUGUUGGACGGGCAUGCGCUUGAAUUAGUUUUUUCACAAAGGAACAAAACACAAACAGCAACUCCUAAGAAACAUUCACACAUGACAACAGUUGAUUUAUCGAAAAUGACAAAUAAAAUUGUGGUUCGAAACCUUGCGUUCGAGGCAACAAAACAAGACCUAAGGCGUUUGUUUGAAUCGUCGGGAAACGUCGUGGCUGUUCGAAUUCCUAAGAAACCUGAUAAAAAAAGUCGUGGCUAUGGAUUCAUUGAAUUUCUCUCUCGAUCUGAAGCUGUCGACGCAUUGGAUUCGCUUCAACAUACUCAUUUAUACGGAAGAAAAUUGAUUUUGGAACCUGCCUAUGAGAAGACAAAUACGUAGAAUUUCAAAAAAAAGCUGAACUUAAUUCGUAUAUAAAACGAAAUCUAUUGUAUAUCUUUAGAUUCCCGCGUUAUCUAUUUUCAAAAAAUUGCAG